GUUUCUUCCACAUAAUCAAGGUCAUCAACUUCAACCUAGUUUCUUAAAGAACCGAAUUUUUUUACGGAAAUCGAAAGAACGUCAUGGUUGAUGAGAGUACAAGGAAAACCUUGGGUAGUAUUCCUCUACUGAAAACUAAGGCUGGUCCUAGAGACAAGGAAUUAUGGAUAGAACGAUUGAAAGAAGAAUAUCAAUCUCUCAUCAAGUAUGUACAAAACAAUAAAGAAGCUGAUAAUGAUUGGUUCCGAUUAGAAUCGAAUAAAGAAGGAACAAGGUGGUUUGGAAAAUGUUGGUAUUUUCACGAUCAACUCAAAUAUGAGUUUGAUGUUGAAUUUGACAUUCCCGUUAUGUAUCCUACAACUGCUCCAGAAAUAGUUUUACCAGAGUUGGAUGGGAAAACUGUCAAAAUGUAUAGGGGAGGGAAAAUUUGUCUGAGUGACCAUUUCAAACCUCUAUGGGCUAGAAACGUACCAAAAUUUGGUAUUGGACAUGCUAUGGCUUUAGGUUUGGGACCAUGGCUUGCAGUUGAGAUACCUGAUCUUAUAUCCAAAGGUCUUGUUACCUACAAAGAGAAGACUUCAUAAUGAUUUGAUUCCUUUUUCUUCCAUUUGAGUCACAUUUUAUAUUGCGGAUAUUUAAUUUUUUGUAUGUAUAUAUAAACUUUAUGAAAGUAA